ACUAUUUCUUAACUUAUCAGCUCUUUGUGGAAACACCCUCAACAAUUAUUAACUGGUCCUAAGAGAGGAUCUUCUCUUUGCUUUGUCGUAGUGAUUUAAUUCUUGACAAAAUGAGUGCGAGGUAUCUUGGAUUUAUUCUCCUAGUUGGGUUUCCUGGCAUGCUGCAUGCACAAAGUGCAGCUCAGCCUUGUCGGGCUCCCAGACUGGUUGGUGGUUAUUUUGUCCCUGAUCAACAAACUUAUGCUCAUGAAACCAAGCUGACUUAUGCCUGUGAUGAAGGACUUAAACCAGCUGUGGAGGGUUGGUGGGCAACCAGCACAUGUCAAAAUGGCAAAUGGUCUCCACAACCACAAUGUAUAGAUGAAAAUGCCUGCCUUCCACCAGCUAUCCCCAAUGCAAAAUACACUGAAAACACAAAUGGUUGGUACGAGCAGGGAGCCAAACUAAGGACAACAUGUGACACAGGAUAUGAACACAAAGACUGGGACGCAACAGCCGAAUGUAUAAAUGGAACAUGGUUAUCUUUACCCAUCUGUGAGAAAAGUAUCAGCACAUGCAGUGAGCCCCCUAAAGUCCCCCACGCUGUAAUCACUAAUAUGGGAUACCAGGACGUGUUUGUCGUAGAUUCGAAAGUGCAGUAUUUGUGUGAAGAUGGAUAUACUACAGACGGAACACACACUAAUAAAUCCGUCUUUUGUUUGAGAGGACACUGGGCUGAAGUCCCAACGUGCAGCCCCCGAUCAGAUACUGGACAUGGUGGAUCUCCAGUAGGAGGAACAGGUGGCAGUGGGACACAGCCUGUGGAUGGAGGAUCUUCUAGCAGCUCUGGAUCAGAUGAAAGAGAAAUUACUCAUAUCACACCAAUCAUCAACUGUGGAAGACGCCCCGUCAUCUCAAAUGGUGAUGUUGUGGAUACUGGUGAAAUGUUCUUGAAAUACCGGUGCAACAGCUUUUACACACGAGUGGGUCCAGACACGGUGGUGUGUUACAGCAAUGGUAAAUGGUCAGAAGUACCCACCUGCAAAGUUGCCUACUGUUCUGUGGACACUGAUCGAUAUCGUGAUUUGGAAUCUGUUGGAGUUAAAUAUAUAAAAGACGGUGAGAAGGUGAAUUUGAAAUGUGAGGAUCUGGAGAGCUGGUGGACAGGUCAUUAUUCAGUGGCCCGGUGCACUAAUGGAAGAAUUACGUUCAGCAGAUGUUGUAGCUGGGUGACAAUAAAGUUGAACCGAUGCUGAGGCUGAGGCUGUAUCACCAAGGGGGAGAGACUGCUGCCACUGACUGAAAACAAAUGUCAGCCUGGAAACUUAAUGUUACAAUUCUGAUGUUACACACUGUGUUGGGUUUUUCAAAAACCAUUUCAGGUUUCUCAUUUUGAUUUAUGAAUUACUACAUAAUGUGAGUAAAUUGUCUGUAUGCUCAAAGUCUCAAAGUGAUGGACUGGCCUGAAUAAAACCUGAACUGGAAUUUCA